AUGUCGAUGAAAAUCAUCAGCGAGCUGUUCUCAGCUGGAAUCCAGGCAGGCACGAGCGCCGCAGCUGACCCCGCCAGCCCCCCAAUCCCCGCAAUUCCAGCAACAAGGGCGUCAGGAGGAGGUGGGGACGCCCCAGGGGCGCAGAGAAGCCCACACCUUCCUGCGUUCCCGGCGCCUCUGGCGAUCCCGGGUCGGGAGGACGGACCGACGGCGACGCCCGACAGGGAGGGGACGAGGCUGUCGGGCCCAGAGGAGGGACUCGGGCCUCCAGGUCGCCCAGGACUGUCCGAGGCUGAGCCCGCCCGGGCCCCGCUCUCUGCGCCGCCCCCACCGCCUUGUCCGGGCGGACUCCAGGACCCGGCGGCCAGCGCCCUCCCGCCCAGGCCCGGCCCUCCACGGGCUCCGGCUCAGCCGCCCGCCGGCCUCGGGGCCCUGAGGCCUCAGAGGGACAAACCCCCGCACCCGGGCGCAGCCCCUCCGUCUCCCGCCCGCGGGCCACAGGCUGAGGGGCAGGGCCCGGGCACUCCCGGAGGCGGGCUGGGGGAAGCCCCGGGGAGGCCGCGCGGGGGACUCCCGGGCCGGGGGGCGCAGCGGAGGAGGGGCGGGGUGGGGGGCGCUGUCCGGGACCGCCGAGCUCCCCCCCAAGGGAGCCGCCCCCUGACGGAGCCGGGCGCCUCAGCCCACGGCCGCCCCGGGCCCCUCCCCACGGCUCACCCUCAGGCGGGGCCGGGGUCACCACACGGACGCGGCCCUCGGCCCUCGCUCCCCACCUAUUUCUAG